AUGAAGUACGCAGUUUCAGCCUCAGGCAUCAUGCACGAAGUGCGCAGUUUCAGCCUCAGGCAUCAUGCACUAUAUCUGAUUUCACCUGGACGAGCCAAGAUAAAGGCUCUCGCUGAGCGUGACCCGAAUCGAUCACUGGCAUCGCAGGAAAGCUCGAGCAAGAAGCCAAAGCAAAAGAGACCUGCCAAGAGUCAAUUCGAAGACCGGUCUUUCUCGGGGGCAUAUGAGUAUCUCUGCUUAGCACAACCCCAGGACACCGAAGAACUUGGAGUGUGUGUCCAGGUGUCAGGGUCCAUUACGUGCCUAAUGCCUGAGGCUGCAACUGCCGCACUUCAUCUUUAG